GCCGAGGAAGCUUCAAAGAGUAUGCACGAAGCGUCCAAGUCUGCUCUCGAGGCCAGCAAGACUGCCACAGCCGUCAGUAAGAACACGUUCGAAGAUCUCACGUAUGUUGGCAAAUCCACUCUCGGAGACCUUACCAAAAGUGCGAAAGAAGCUGCCGCCAAAAAGGGAUUACUGAUGAAGGGUGAAAGCCAAGACUCAAACGGCAGUGCCUCAGCUCGCCGCGACUCUACAGCGCUGCAGACCACUAAUUUGCUGACGGCAACGCACCGUGACUUUUUCUCCAACAUCAGUUCCGACCUCAAUGGCCUGGCAGCGUCCACCUCCAGCAUGUUCAGUGACUUCUUUGGUAAUAAAGGCGCCAAGCAGCCAAAGCCGGGCGAGCAAGGCCGCGGUGCGUCAGGUCCCGCGAGUACGGCAGGUGGGGGCGGCGGGGCUCCGCUGGCGGCCUCGUUCGGUCCGUUCUCGAUGGGGGCGCGCGGCCUCGUGGCGCGCUCCCCACUCAUCCGACACUCGGCACCCACGCCCCCGGUCGCGCCACCGCAUUCACGCCCCUCUGCCAACACUGAAAACCAGGCUUUCCUCAAUGAUUUAGUCCAACAUGUGCUGGAAGGUGAGGGUGUGGGGUGGUUGAAACUGAACCGUCUGAAGAAGUUGAUGGAAGAUGAGUCCUACAGAAAUAUGGUGCUCAGCAAACUAAAUAGGAACUUCAAUAGGAAGACCACGCCCAACGACAAAGUUGAUGAUGUGUUCGUGAGCAAGCCGGUGUGGAAGGGAAUGCUGAAGGUGUUGCAAGCUGUAGUGCAUGGUCUGGAGCACACGUAUUCUAACUUCGGCCUGGGGGGCAUGGCCUCCGUGUUCCAACUAGCGGAGAUGGCACACACCCACUACUGGAGCAAAGAAAUCGCCGGCCUAGAGCAUGGUGGCAUGGCUGGCUCUGCACUAAUGGAACAUUAUGGAAGACAAGACCUUGAAACACCAUCUUCUUCGCCUUCGUCCAGAAAAAGCUCACAAUCAGAUGUACCAGUAGUAAACUAUCCAGAAAUGGAUUCAUCUGAAGCUCAGAGCACCACGGAAAUGUUCAAGGACAUGCUGAACCAGAAGAGAAACUUACUCUUCAGCAAGUUGACGUCUUUCGAGUCGGAUGCCCCUCCCUCGUCCGACUGCUCGGCCGACGAGAGCGGCUCCAUCACCACCAACCGAGCCAAUAUCUACGACCACCGCGCCUCCUUUAAGUCCAACCUCUCUGACACUGACGUCAUGUUCCUCAAUGUGAACCGUGGCACGGGUAUGCAAGGGGCGGCCGGCAAGCCCCGCGCGGCGAGUGUCUUUUCCUCCAAAUCCUCAGUGAGCGGGUACCGGCCUCCUGUCGGCGUGCCCGUCACCUCGCCUAUCACUUCGCCUGACACCACGCGGACAUACCUCUAUCAGGGUCUCAUUGGUAAGGAGAGAUCGAAUCUUUGGGAUCAAAUGCAGUUCUGGGAGGACGCGUUUUUGGACGCGGUGAGUCAGGAACGCGAUAUGAUCGGCAUGGACCAGGGCGCCAACGAGAUGAUGGAGCGCUACAAGUGCCUGAGCGAGACGGAGCGCAAGCGGCUGGAGCACGAGGAGGACAGACUGCUGUCGACGGCGCUGUACAACCUGACGGCCGCCAUGGUGCUGCUGGGCGGGGAGCCCGACGUAGUGCGCAACAAGGUGCGCAGACUGCUCGCCAAGAGCCACAUCGGCCUCGUAUACAGCCAGGAGGUCAACCAUCUGCUCGAUGUCGUGCAUACACUGCAUGGCAACGACAUAGAGCUGAAGCCGCUGGGGUCCCGGCUACUACGGCGCGCCUCGUUCACGGUGCACGAGGGUGACGCGGCCGGCGAACUGCGCUUUAUGGAGGUGCGGGACGACGGCCUCAUCUUACGAUCCACACAAGGUACUAUCGUGGAGAGGUGGUGGUAUGAGAGACUGGUCAACAUGACGUACAGUCCGAAAAUACGAGUAUUGUGCCUUUGGAGGAAGAACGGGGGCCAGACGCAACUACACAAAUACUACACGAAAAAGUGCAAAGCGUUGUACUACUGUAUCAAGGAAGCUAUGGAGAAGAGUGGAAGGCGACAGGACGCGGCUGAGCUUGGGGGGGAGUUCCCCAUACAAGACUGCGCUACAGGGGAGGGGGGGCUGAUACAGGUUUGCAUGGAAGGCGUCGGACUCCUGUUCCACCACAGCAAGUUUUUCGUGCGGCUGGAUCACAUUAGAAAAUGCUUCACGCAGAACGGCGGUAUCUUCGUUUUAGAAGAAUUCAAUCCAAAAACACGGCAGAUUAUUCAAAGGAAAUAUAAGUCUGUAAUGGCAGAAAAAGUAGUGUUUGAUCUUCAUCGUUUCUUCUCCUUGUGGCUUUCACGUUAUUUUGUCGAGAGCAGCGGACAUGAAUUGAAUUAUACACCCUGUGUUUCAUAGCUCUUACCCUACCCCUAGCCAGUGAUGUAUGUAAACCAGUGUUGUUUUUUGCUUUGUUCGUGUAGGCGGACCAAAUUUGCUACGCAGUACUAUGUGUGUUUUCUUACUUUGCGGCGGGUCAAGAGCAAAAGAAAGCGAUCUUAGAGCAAGCAGCUCGUGUACCACCAGCUAGCCACGAUACGCUCGCACCCACCAGCCCGGUACCCGACACCGACGCCCGCAGGAGAACCAGCCCGCAGGUAGAGAAACGAUCACCCGUCAAACGAACUAGCGAGGCAAGGUCUCCGGUUGGAAAGACAGAGGCUACCGUCUCUAGAGAAAUGGCAGAGCGGCAACAGGCUCGCGGACCUCCAGCUGUCAGCUCGCCAGCGCCAGCAGAGCGGGUCGGGGUCGAGCGGGUCGCCGGGCGCGGCGUGGAGCGCACCGAGAGCCUGCCGCCGCCGCGCCGCCCGCCGCCGCCCGCGCUGCCGCCAGCCGGGACCGCGCCCCCGCCCGGCGCCGCGCAUCCGCCGGCCUCCGCGCCCUCGCCAGGCCCCGCGCUCCCCGCCACACCCGCGCCACCACACCAGCGACUGGCUCGAGCGCAUUCUCACGCCGCACCCGCACGCCCCCCUGAUCCGCCUCUUGUGAGUUUUUCACGUCUUAAUGUCAUCUUCAACGUAAAUUAAUUCUUAUACUGCGUUGCAAAGUAUUUUCUUCGAGUAAUACCUUCUGAAACUAAG